AUGUCUUUACCACCAUCUUCUCCACGACAUUUGAGUUCGGAAGAGGAGGAAGAACCACAAGAAGGCAUGGCUGAUAACCGGACUUUGAGGGAGUUGGCAACGCCUAAUACGGAUCAACAACCAUUGUGCAUCACAUAUCCAAAUGCAGAAGGAGGAUUUGAGCUUAAGUCCAGCAAGGUUCACUACUUGCCUAAGUUCUAUGGCUUCUCAACAGAGGAUGCCAACAAGCAUCUCAUGGAGUUUCAUGUGGUAUGCUCGGGAAUGAGACCAACCAAUGUGGAUGAGGAGCAAGUCAAGUUGAGGGCAUUCCCAUUUACAUUAGAAGCUAAGGCAAAGGAGUGGCUUUACAAUUUACCUCCGGGAUCAAUGAACACAUGGAACCAGAGCAUCUUUUAA